AUGGAGAACAAGAAAAAGAAUUUAGUGGAGAGAUUACGUCUGAAACCCAAGUUUCCCAACUUAAAGAAGCCCGCCAAGAAGCCACUGGCCAAGCAGGGUAGGAAUCUGGCCAAUCGACGAAGUAUCUCUGUACCCGACCUAACAAUGGUGCCAGGUGAAGCAUCUACCGAGAAUGCUUUGCUGUCUUCUGCUGCUUUUGGCAUCUCUCCUGGUCUGAGUGAUACUGAUUCUAUUGCAAGUUCAGAGUUUGCAGACAAACUAAGUGAUCCAAUCCCAGAAAUCAGAACCAGAUUUCUUCAGCCUGAUCACUCAAAUCCAGCUCUGAAUAGAUUAAGCACACCCCUGGAGACCCUGGGCAUUUAUGAAGAAAUGGAUGAUUUUGGUUUAGAGAACAAAACCAACCCAGUUGUAGAUGAGUUAUAUGCCAAAAUAGACAAAAAAGGCAAAGGGGCCUUAUCAAAAUUCCCUUUUGAACCAGCUCCUACAGGAAGUAAAAUGUCUAACAGUGGACAAGAUCCCAUACCAAGACCAGACCUUCCAGAGAGAAGUGAAGAAGUCUCAGAAAAGGGGUCUAGAGAAAGUCUUGCUGCUGCAGCGCUGAUCAGAGCACAAUCACUGGGAGAGCAAAUAAACCCUUAUAGAGAAAAACAGAACUCAUCAGUUGAGCCGAAAAAGACAUCAUCUGAAAAAGGGACUCCACCAACAAGCAGACAAAAUGUUCGUAUAGAUAGGCUGAUGUUGGACUCUACGGGCAGACCUUUGGAAAGUGGAGAUGGCAACUCUCUGAACUCAGCAUGUGGCACUCCCAGUGAAGAGAAAGCCAACAUGCCUUGGAUGAGAGAUGUGGAAGAACAAGACAGAGAACCCUUUUCUCCCCUGCUGAUGAGAGAGUUCUCCAUAGAUGAGAAUCUUCUCGAUGAAACCCCGGCAGAUGAGGAGGAUGAAACGGGAGAGGAUGUUACAGGGGGGUGUGAGGAUCGAGUACCUGCCCCAUUCCAGAGGUAUCUCUUGAACAUCAACCUGAAGCGAGGAAAAACCCUGGUCAUCAGAGACAAGCGCUCAGGUACCAGUGAUCCUUAUGUGAAGUUCAAAAUUGAAGGAAAACAGUUCUAUAAAAGCAAAGUGGUUUAUAAAGACCUGAACCCUCGCUGGAACGAGUCCUUCUCCCACCCUCUCCGAGACAGAGAACAUAACAUAGAAGUUCGGGUCUAUGAUAAAAAUCGGACCUCUGAUGAUUUCAUGGGUUCCAGCUUUAUUUCCCUGAGAGAUCUUGAACUGCACAAAACCAAAGAAAUGGAGUUGCGUCUCGAAGAUCCAAAAAGCAAGGAAGAUGACAUGGGAGUCAUUAUUGUUGACGUCUGCCUGAUGUUCAGAGACGCCACCAUUAAAAAAGGCCCGGUAGAAAUAUUUCAGACAUUCAGUGCCACGCCGGCUCAGCGCUCGGCUGAAACACAGAAGAAUCAGCUGAGGAACCAGAUGUGGACCGGGGUGCUCUGUAUCACCUUGGUGGAGGGACAGGACAUGCCGCAGUGUGGCCAGGGUGACAUUUACGUCCGCUUUCGCCUCGGUGAUCAGAAGUACAAGAGCAAGAACCUUUGCAUUCAGGCAAAUCCCCAGUGGAGAGAGCAGUUUGACUUCAAUCAGUUUGAAGAUAACCAGGAACCUCUACAGGUGGAGAUGUGCUCAAAGAGAGGGAGGAAGAGUGAAGAAUCAUGGGGGAUGCUUGAGGUUGAUGUGUCGACACUUACGGUUAAUGAGAGGCAACUCUACUCCUAUAUGCUGAACCCAGGAAAAGGCAGAGUGGUGUUUCUGAUCACCCUGAGAUCCGUCUGGGGGGUCUCCAUCUCUGAUAUCGAAAAUGCUACCUUGUCAAAACCCGAUGAGAAAGACGAAGUGGUGGAGAAAUUUAGCUUAAAAAACUCACACAAUUGCAUGAGAGAUAUUGGCAUCCUUCAGGUUGGCGUAAUCAGGGCAAAUGAUCUCAAUGCUACAGACAUUAAUGGAAAAAGCAACGCCCUGUGCGUUAUAGAGCUGGGGAACUGUAAACUUCAAACUCACACAGUCUAUAAGAAUGUCAAUCCAGAGUGGAAAAAAUCCUUUACAUUCCCGAUUAAGGACAUCACCGAUGUGGUCGAGUUGACUGUCUUUGAUGAAAAUGGAGACAAAGCCCCAAACUUUUUGGGGAAGGUGGCCAUUCCUUUACUUACUGUUAAGAAUGGCCAGGAGAUAACUCUGUUACUGAAGAAAGAAAAACUGGGAAGUGCGUCUAAAGGAACCAUCACUCUGGUGCUGGAGGUUAUCUACAACAAAGUGGGAGCUGGUGUCAAAUCCUUCCAGCCCAAGGAGGCAAAAUUAACAGAGGAAACCAUCAAGUUCAACAAAAAGGUUCUUGCCCAGAGUAUAUAUCGGGUCCGCAAAAUCAGCACAGCAGUUCUGUCCACGUUACAGUACAUUAAAAGCUGUUUUCAGUGGGAGAGCACGCAACGGAGUCUAAUAGCCUUUCUGAUCUUCCUCUUGACAGUGUGGCACUGGGAACUCUUCAUGCUUCCCCUCUUCCUGCUUCUCCUCAUAGGCUGGAACUACUUCCAGCUCUCAACGGGAAGGGCCAGCUACAACCAAGACCUGGUGAACAUGACCAUAGGUGACGACGAGGAGGAAGACGAGAAGGAACCCGGAAAAAAGGGUUUGAUUGAUAAGAUAUAUAUGGUGCAGGAAGUAGUGCUGGCUGUCCAAAACGUUUUGGAGGAGAUUGCAAACAUCGGGGAGCGAGUUAAGAACAUAUUCAACUGGUCUGUCCCAUUCUUGUCGUGCUUGGCCUGCUUGGUGCUGUUUGUGGCAGCAGCCCUAUUGUAUUUGAUCCCACUGCGAUACAUUGUACUGAUAUGGGGCAUUAACAAAUUUACCAAGAAGCUGCGCAACCCAUAUAGUAUUGACCAUAAUGAAAUACUGGAUUUCCUCAAGAGGGUGCCUUCAGAUGUUCAAAAGGUGCAGUACAGUAUGCUGAGAGCGCCCACCAGCCAGAACCAGGCGCGGAAGAAAAAGUAAGCUCCGCGGACACGCUGGAUGAAAGGCUGGUCUCUUUCUAAAUGUGGCAUGAUGCAAUCCACCUGACAACAAUGCUCCAGUGCCAGCAGAGCCCCUGACCCCGUGCACCCCAUCAUACCACCCUAACUCUGCUCCCUGCUGCUGAGGGGCAGCUAGCCGCUCUCUGGCUUGUGUGUUUGCCACCCCCCUGACAGGGGCUGUGAACUGCAGCCGCUAGGAGGGCAGCACAUGGCGCUGUCAAUCACAAGCUUGGAGGUAAAGAAAAGAGAGCAUUGCGAGGCUCAGCCUUCAUCUUUGGAUAUAAUUUAGAAAGGAAUGAAAAGCAUCUGGGGCUUUUUUUUUUCUCGACUUUGGUAAAACUGAGAAAUUUGCCUUAAAGAAAAGAAAACACAAACUUAACAAACCACUGCAAUGUUCUUUUUUUCUUUAUAUGUUCAUUUAAUUGAAGGUCACAUAUAUUUUAAAUAACUGUGGUGAAAUAAUAUUUUUUGUUUAUAUUUAAAAUAUUAAGGACAGAGUACUGAAUUUAUCUUUUUUGUGGUAUAGAUUUGCUUUAUUUAACGUAAUCCUACAAGCACUCCUAAUUUUAUCUCAGAAACAAAUAUAGUCAUGAAAUGUAUUAUUUCCAACUUGCUUGGCUUAAGUAAAGUUUUUGUGUUUCCUGUUAAAUUCAUGUGCAAGUUUUACCUCCUAGC